AGGAGAGCUCAUAGGGUCUGAUAUGUCUGCCAUCUUGAAGUGUCGGUGAUGGUGGCGAGCGCUCGCUUUCCCGUCUGAGCCGAGGCAGACCGGGACCCGUGACGGGGAGACGCGCUCGCCGAGGUAGGGAGAUCCGGGGGCCCCCGGCCUGAGUCAACUACCGCCGGGGGUUAUUCCCCCUCCCUGACGCUCUGCUCCAAUGCACGGGCCCGGAAGAAAUCUACUUCAUCUUAACCUAAUUCAGUCCUGCUAAUCUGCUAAUAUUGUAGAUUGAAAGAUUUUGCUGUUGCCAGGAUAUCCUGUAAUGGGCAAGGAGCCACAGAGAAUACAAAUCGUUUUGUUUUCUUAACCUUUUUAAAACUUUUGUUAACAGGGACCUGGGCUCCUGUUGGAAAGUGAUGGAAUAAUCUCUGCUCAGCACCUGCCAUGUUGAGGGAGCACCCCUAACACAGCUUGCCUGGGAGACAGUUUGUGAAAUAACGCAGUAACAUGUUUGCAGUAACCAGCAUGUUUUGGAAAUUUGAUCUCCAUUCGUCAUCCCACAUAGACACACUUCUAGAAAGAGAAGAUGUAACGCUGAAGGAAUUGAUGGACGAGGAGGAUGUUUUGCAGGAAUGCAAAGCUCAGAAUCGCAAACUUAUAGAGUUUCUGUUGAAAUCAGAAUGUCUGGAAGAUUUAGUUUCAUUUAUUAUAGAAGAACCACCUCAAGACAUGGAUGAGAAGAUCAGAUACAAGUAUCCAAACAUAUCUUGUGAGCUUCUUACGUCAGAUGUCUCGCAGAUCAAUGAUAGACUGGGAGAAGAAGAGUCCUUACUUAUGAAACUGUACAGCUUCCUAUUAAAUGAAUCCCCUCUCAACCCUUUAUUGGCCAGUUUCUUCAGCAAGGUGCUAAGUAUUCUUAUCAGCAGAAAACCGGAACAGAUUGUGGAUUUCUUAAAGAAAAAACAUGAUUUUGUAGACCUCAUUAUAAAGCACAUAGGGACCUCUGCUAUUAUGGACUUGUUGCUCAGGCUGCUUACUUGUAUAGAACCUCCACAGCCCAGGCAAGAAGUAUUAAAUUGGUUAAAUGAGGAGAGAAUUAUCCAGCGGCUUGUAGAAAUUGUACAUCCGUCUCAAGAUGAAGAUAGGCAUUCAAAUGCAUCACAGUCGCUCUGUGAAAUUAUUCGCCUGAGCAGAGACCAGAUGUUACAAAUACAGAACAGUUCAGAACCAGACCCGCUGCUUGCAACUCUAGAAAAGCAAGAAAUUAUAGAACAGCUACUAUCAAAUAUUUUUCAUAAAGAGAAAAAUGAAUCUGCAAUAGUCAGUGCAAUCCAAAUAUUACUGACCUUACUUGAGACAAGACGACCAACAUUUGAAGGUCAUAUAGAGAUCUGUCCUCCAGGCAUGAGCCAUUCAACAUAUUCAGUCAACAAAAGUGUUUUAGAAGCCAUAAAAGCACGACUUGCAUCCUUCCAUGAGCUACUACUUGAGCCCCCAAAAAAAAGUGUUAUGAAGACAACAUGGGGCGUAUUGGAUCCACCUGUGGGAAACACUCGCUUAAAUGUGAUUAGGUUGAUAUCCAGCCUUCUACAGACUAACACAAACAAUGUGAACUUGGAACUUAUGGAGUUGAACAGCAUAGGAGUUAUAUUGGUAAGAAUAAUUUACUUACACUGUUAAAAGCUCUA